GCUGUGUUCGAGCCGCCUAAUGCCUCAGUUCCCUAGGGUAAGAGAGAGAGGAGAGUGAGCGACUGAGCGGGGGAGUGUUUUAAUGGUGGCGAUUUUGAGCUGAGCUGAGCUGAGCUAUUCUGUUUCUGUCAAAGGGAUCGGUUUUGAUCCUCUCAGAUCAGAGCUUUCUUUUCUAUCUAGGAAUAGAAAGAGAUCCACAAGAACAAAGAUUUUUUUAUUUAAUGUAUUUUCUUUCUUGCCUUGACGCACACGCCAUUACUGAAUAGGGAAGAAGCUCUAAUGGCGAACAGGGUUUCAGUUAUGGCUUGGUUUUCUUCUCUGGGAGUCUGCACCACCAGUUUGAACAGUCCCGUCUGACGACCGGAAAAUGACGUCUUAGCUGGCCGGAAGUGCUACGUUUCUGCAGAGGGUACGUUUUUUUUUCUGCACUUUUUCUCCUCGGACGAAGAAACGAAAAGCAGAAAUGCUGGACUACCAGUGGGGUAAUCCAUCUGCAAUGCUACUGUCUGGGGAGGAGCCAGCACAGGAUUCCGACCAAACGCGCCAGAUUUUCGACCAGUACAACCAGACACUCGCGGGGAGCUUCCUCUCUCAUGCGACUUCGUUCUCUUCUCAUCCCUUCCAACAACCGCAGCAACAGAACCAAACCCAUCUCCAGUCCCUCUACGACUCACGACCUUACUCCCUCGCUUACCCGCAGCAGCCUCCGCCACCGGAACAUGUCGCUGGACCCACUAGCUUCCUGGUCAUGCCGAAGACCGAGGAGGUCUGCGGCCCGAGGGGAAUAGAUUUUCCAGCCAGAAUCGGGCUGAAUUUGGGUGGUCGGACGUAUUUCUCGUCGGCGGAAGACGAUUUCGUCAACAGGUUGUACCGCCGGUCGAGGCCCAUCGAAGCGGGUGCGUCCAACUCCCCGAGAUGUCAGGCCGAGGGAUGCAACGCCGACUUGACGCACGCGAAGCAUUAUCACCGGCGUCACAAGGUCUGCGAGUUUCACUCAAAGGCCUCUACUGUUUUAGCAGCCGGGUUGACUCAGCGCUUCUGCCAACAAUGUAGCAGGUUUCAUCUUCUGUCGGAGUUCGAUCAAGGGAAGCGAAGUUGCAGAAAACGGUUGGCCGAUCACAACCGUCGGAGGAGAAAAUCACAACCCCAGCCACAGACUCAACAGCAGCAACAGUCCCAGCUGGAAACUGCUAACGUUCCUCCACCGGAAAAUCCUGCCAAGUCCUCGCCGGAGUCCGGAGCACAGUCAUCCUCAACAGUGACGGUUGCGGUGUCGCCACCCCGAAUGUCGUUGGACUGUUUCAGGCCGAGACACCAAGCUCCGGCGUCGUCGUCAACCUCUUUGUUCACGCAACUGGGCGACUUUAGAAUGUACUAGCGUCAUGUUCAGGGUUGAAGCUGGGAUGAAGAGGCCGAGCAGUGAGCAAGAGAUAGAGAAGCAGUGAGGGAGGAAUUGCACCUGGUUCUUUCUACUUAUCAUCGAUCUACUUCUUUUUUUCUUUUCCUGAAAUGCUAGAUUUAACGUUGAUGAAGAUGGUCUUACAGAAAACAUCAAUGCAGCAGAUCUCCUUCUGUUGUUAAGAAAUUUGAUUUCAGGAUUUCAGUCUCUGGUUGGUGGGUGAGGGGGGUUGCAAAUAUUUAAUCUUUUUUUAGUUUUUAUUUUUCUUGUUUGAGUGAUUGAGUGAAUUUUGUGUAGUUGCAGGAAUUACUCAUGUGUCUGCAACGUAUCUUUUCCUUUCUUCUUGUUGAUUUUUCUCGAUAUCUUUGGAUAUGGCAAUGUCGUGGACUCAA